AGACGAAACGUCGGAGAGUACGGUUCGAGACCUCUUUCCACCCGACGAUCCUCGCUCGCGCGAUUCGCGAUCAAAGUUUAUACACGUGUGCUCGCAAGAGGAGGCAGCGUCUUCCGAGUGGAUCGGUGAGAGGCACGGCGAGAGAGCGAGAGAGAAUACGAGUUUGUGUACGCAGAGAGCGGAAGAAACAUGGCCGAUAGUGGUAUCAAGCGCAACAUUCCCAUCAAGUUGGGUGACUUUAGCGUCAUCGACACCGAAUUCUCCAACAUAAGGGAACGCUUCGACGCCGAGAUGAGGAAGAUGGAGGACGAGAUGUCGCGAUUCCGCAGCGAGCUCAUGAAUCGCGAGAGCAAUUUCUUUAAGAGCACCACCAGUCGGCAUCACACGAGCAGCAGCGAGCACAAAACGUCGACGACCUCGAAGACGGACGGUUGGGACAAGGCCGACCCUGCGGCAUCGUCGGCACGAUCGGCGUUCGAUAACUUUAAAAGCACGACCACGCAACAGAGCAGCCAGAACAGCUCGCUGAGUCCUCAGCAUGACUCGACUUGGCUGGACGGACUCAACAGUCCUCUUAUUCAGGACGAGGGUGACAGUAAAAUGUUGAAGCUACGAUUCGACGUGUCGCAGUACACGCCGGAAGAGAUCGUCGUCAAGACCGUGGACAACAAACUUUUGGUUCACGCCAAGCACGAGGAGAAGACGGAAAGCAAAUCCGUAUACAGGGAAUACAAUCGAGAAUUUUUGCUGCCGAAAGGAACCAAUCCAGAGAGCAUCAAGUCGUCCUUGAGCAAGGAUGGUGUUCUAACCGUUGAGGCUCCUCUACCGGCUAUCGGUUCGGGCGAAAAGCUAAUUCCCAUCGCGCAUCAAUAAAAUUUCUCCGUCGCGUCCCCUUUCUCUCGCCAAGUUUCCUUAAGAAAAACAAAAAAAAAAAAAAGCUUUCUCACACAGCGAACAACGGAGAAGAAACGUUGCGAAAAGAAACGCUCAUUCAGGUCGAGAGUAGCAUAUCGAGAGAUCGUCCUUCCACCAAAUAUCCCGACACGAUCAAAAGUCGUUCGACUCUUUCUUUUUUUUUUUUUUUUCCCAACGCCCUCUUCGUCAAGGAUCGAGAAGAAAAUUAUUCGAUUAUAAUACGGCUGUUAAAUUUUUCUUCCACGAUCCGCCGUCGUCACGUCGGAAUCUUUUUCGAAGAAUUUAUAAAGAUUUUCUAAAGAAAGAAAUUCAUUUACGCGAAAAGAUAUAAAUGUGCGAAGAUAUGAAAAAAUAUAUAUAGAAAACGAUAUUACUGAUUAUAUAACGAUAUACACGCGCACAUACAUAUAUAUGGAUGUUUGUAAAAAAAAAAAGAAAAAAAAAUUUUUUUCCUUUCUACGCCUCUAUAGGAUUUUUUUCUUUGAUACACGAUGAUAUACACGCGAUAUUUGUAAUACUCUGAGAAAUGCGUAAAUUGCUCCGCAAUAUGCAAUGCUUUUGACAACGUCUCUCUCUUUCUUUUCUUUCUCUCUCUCUUUUUUUGGUUUUUCCCUUAUCGCGUACGUAGGCACGUAACACCGCUUUGCAGAGCAUCGGAUACGUGUUGUUUUUUAGUUGCGCACCGUCAUGGGCUUAUACGUAAAUCUUGCGGUUUAUACGUGCAAACGAAAGAUGAUCCUUUGUAUCGAUAACUUAUGUACUUGUCCUUAGUUUAGAUGUACGUUAAAAAGACCGUAACAACGAUGCUUGACGUAAUUUAAGGUUCAUUAUGAGCAUUAUCGAUUAUUAUUUAUGAGUACGUUAAUCGUCGAAGGAAUUCUCACAAUGUUCAAACUUGAAUGCAAGAAUACGAAAGUUUCGAAUAAAAAUAAAAUUAUUAAAAAAAGAAUAAAAAACAAAAAAAAGAAAAAACGCACGACGAGA